AUGCUGCUAUGUUUUAGACUUUGGAGUUUUGAUAAGUAGACACCACCGAUAUUUUAGAUUUAUCUCAAAAAUCCUACUCUUAUUAUCAAUUUCAAUUUAGUUCUAGAGUUCGGAUCAUAUUAAUUUUAAAGAAUUAUAUGGAGAAGUUCCUUCUUCAAGGUUAAUAUUAAAAAUUAUAUGAGCAUGCAAGUUGCAUAAUUACCUAAAGGAGGAGUUAAUAAGGGCUAAGUUAUACCAUUAAAGUGCAGUUGCCCACCAGAUUGCAAAUGUAAAUCUCCAGAAUUAAGAGAAUGGCAUCAUAAGCCAUGCUCAGAGAUGUCAUACAUCAGUUAAUACGGAGACAUAUUUUGUAGACAUCAUUUAAGCAAAUGUGAUGGCUAUUUCAUUAAAGAUGCUUCUUUUUAAUGCGCCGCUGCACAAUAAGCCAACACUUGGAAUUAAUAUAGACAUGCCGCCUAAUUUUUGAUGGCAAUAGCAUAAGGACUUCAAGCUGCCGAAUUUACUCUUAGUGCUAAUGAUUAGAUACAUUUUGCAGCUACUUUAAAUACAGAAGUAAUCAGGAGGUGGAAUUAAUGA